AUGGAGCCCGUGAACAUGCCAGCAACCGAGUUCCUCGAGAACACUAUGACGGACCCCACGGUAACGGAAGCCUCGCUCAAGGCCGCCCUUAUUGAGCGGCUCCAAGCUACCCACGUCGAGGUGGAUGAUAUCUCUGGCGGUUGUGGUCAAUCCUUCAAAGCGUUUGUUGUCUCCCCGCAGUUCAACGGCUUGACGUCGAUAAAGCGCCAUCGCCUAGUCCAGGCUGCCCUCAAGGAAGAGAUCGCCAAGAUCCAUGCCUGGACGGCCAGGUGUCAGAGCACCUUGGAAUGGGAGAAGCAUAACGCGGCGAAUGGAACAUCCUGA